AUGUCACCAACGGGGAGCGGCUCGGCCAUGGACGAGGACCCCACAGAGCCCAAGGCUCGCAAGGCCUGCAUCAACUGCAGGCGGCAAAAGAUGAAGUGCAGGCUCGACAAUGGCACCACAUGUCGUCGAUGCCAGCGGGCAGGACUGCCCUGCAUCUUUGUGCCUCGCGCGAAUGCAUCGGCCUUUAUGGUCCCCGCGUCAUUGCCCUUGGCCGAGCUGACCGGCCCCUCCGAAGUGACCAAGGACUUGCUUCGGCGCGUGCGGGCCAUCGAGGACCAUCUCGGCCUGUCUCUCACGGAAGUCGGGCAUCGCGUGGCCCACGAGGUCGCAUGCGACAAGACGCAGCCUCUCGACCAAGACGCGGCAUUUGCGAGCUUAUGGGACGCCGCUGCGUGCUUGGAGCGAUGCACACCGGGGCCGCGGGAUGCUGCGCUGUGGGCAAGAAGCCGCGUCAAGUACCUCUGGCAAACUUUCCAUGACAAGAUGCCUGGCCUCCAUUUCCUUCCCAACAAGCAAACCUUUUCUGCUCCGCAACCGCUCCUCCUGGCAGCCAUGCUCUACUGUUCGAGCGUCCGGGGAGCGCCGGAAGAUGCCGCCUUUGCGUCACAAUAUCUAACCGUCUUGUGCUCCGCGAUUGCGCAGCUGAGCAUCCCCGGGAGCGAGAUCGGAAGCCCGCCGUCUGACGAGGACGAUCCAGCGGCUCUGGAAGACUGGGCGUUCCAGACCGUCCUCGGCAUUGUCCUGGCGGGACUGUUGAACGAGGCGAAUGUUCGCGAGACGGGCAUAUGGAUCUCCAUCGCAUACCGCCUGAUCCUCGAGCAUUGUCCGCCGCACAUGGACGAGCGGUGCCGAGACUGGCAACGAAUCUUCAACGGCGUGCAAAUCGUCGACCUCGAGCACGCGUCGCUUCACCUCUCUUGCCCCGUCAUACCCAUCGAGUCUCCGCUUCCGGCGCUGCAAAUCUCACACAGGGACCAACUCUAUCGGCUAUCGCGUAUGAUGAACACUGGCCUGACCCGGUUCUCGGGCCGUGGGCUACCCACCAUCUGGUCUUGCUUCUCGAACAGCCCCAUCGACGCCGGGCAGGCCCCGUCGUAUCCCUUUACGCCAGUCGAUGCCGCCGUCAUACGAGACUGGGCGCGGCACUUGGACGACUGGCUCGUCGAGUUCACCAAGACGGGAGACGACUCGGACCCUCAGCAGCGUAUGGUCGUGUUUCGCCAGUACGUGCUGCAUCGCCUGCUUGUGCUCUCCAUCUACCAUCCCGCCCGCGGCUGCAACCUGCACUCCAACAGCAUCACCCUGAAUGAGCAACAUGAGCUGCUGCUCUCCGCUCGCGCCACCCUCAAGCUACACCUGCAUGACAAGUCGAUCUGGUCCAACUGGGAUCUUGUCAUGAUUACCUGGGCAGCCUUGAUUGUCAUCCAGGGCAUUGAGGUCGGCGUUGGUGAACCAGACGAUCUUGCAAGCAUCCGCAUGCACCUGGACAUGCUUCGGGAGACCAACGAACCCAAGCCUAGUUUGCGCGACAAACUGGCAUCGCGAUUGGAGCAGAGUCUUCAGACAGUCAACACUCCGAGCCCCGCAGCGAUGGGCCAUAUGGCUCAGGCGGCCGCCGAGGCAGAGUUUGACUGCUCCUGGCAGAUUUUUGACCAGGCCAUCAUGGAUCAAGUCAUGGAUCCGUUUUGGUCUCGACCAGCCGAGCUGCAACCCAUGUAG